CCCCCCGCCCCAUUCUCGCGCUCCCUUCCUCCCUCAGACAACUCGCCCCCCGCCCUCCGCCCCCUCCACGUAAUUCCGAAAGAGCAGAAGAAAGAGAAGGAGAACAAGAAAAGAAGAGCUAACAAGCGAGAGCGGGAGCACAGAAAAAAGGUUGAAGAGGACUGAUCGGGAAGAAAGGGAAAACGAUGGACAGCUACAAAACGCGGCGGUUGCGGAGAUUUUCCAGCGCCAUUGGCUGGGCAGCGUGAGUUCUCUGGUCGGGUGUGAUUUCAGCACCGGGGGGACUGGACAGCACCUCGGGGGGACUUCUGGGCAACCCGCAACCACACAGCAAGAACUCCGCCAGCUGCCUCAAGAACAGAAGCUGCCGAAAAUCCUGCUUUGUAUCAGAGAGGCAAGGUCAGUCCGAGCACAGCCAUGCACAGGCAGUGCGCCUGUACCACGCCGCAAACCCUCUGCUUGUUUCUCUAACAUGCACUUGCUUCCAAUUACUAGCAUUGUUCCCUUUCUGAUUAGUGAGUACCACUAGAAGAGAUUCUGUAAAGGUGUAGUUUAACUUAUAUUUAUAUAUAUUUAAGUUCUUUUUGGUUAUUUUUAAAGGGUAGAGAGGGACUGGGUUUUGUUGGGGGUUUUUUUCUCUACUUUAUUUUUUUAUUUAUUUUUAUUUUUAUUUUUGCUUGCCUUGCACUACGUGCAUGGAUAGUUUGUGGAUAUAAUUAUUGACUGGCGUCUGGGCUAUUGCAGCACGGGGGGGUUAGGGAGGAAGGAAUCCACCCCCGCCCCCCCAAACCCUUUUCAUAUCCUUCCCUGGGUUCGGACAUUGGAGCACUAAAUGAACUUGAAUUGUGUCUGUGGCGAGCAGGAUGGUCGCUGUUACUUUGUGAUGAGAUCGGGGAUGAAUUGCUCGCUUUAAAAAUGCUGCUUUGGAUUCUGUUGCUGGAGACGUCUCUUUGUUUUGCCGCUGGAAACGUUACAGGGGACGUUUGCAAAGAGAAGAUCUGUUCCUGCAAUGAGAUAGAAGGGGACUUACACGUAGACUGUGAAAAAAAGGGCUUUACAAGUCUGCAGCGUUUCACCGCCCCGACUUCCCAGUUUUACCAUCUAUUUCUGCAUGGCAAUUCCCUCACUCGACUUUUCCCUAAUGAGUUCGCUAACUUUUAUAAUGCAGUUAGUUUGCACAUGGAAAACAAUGGCUUGCAUGAAAUUGUUCCGGGGGCUUUUCUGGGGCUGCAGCUGGUGAAAAGGCUGCACAUUAACAACAACAAGAUUAAGUCUUUUCGAAAGCAGACUUUUCUGGGGCUGGACGAUCUGGAAUACCUUCAGGCAGAUUUUAAUUUAUUACGGGAUAUAGACCCGGGGGCCUUCCAAGACUUGAACAAGCUGGAGGUACUCAUUUUAAAUGAUAAUCUCAUCAGCACCCUACCUGCCAACGUGUUCCAGUAUGUGCCCAUCACCCACCUCGACCUCCGGGGAAACAGACUGAAAACGUUGCCCUAUGAGGAGGUCUUGGAGCAAAUCCCCGGCAUUGCCGAGAUCUUGCUAGAGGAUAACCCUUGGGACUGCACCUGUGAUCUGCUCUCCCUGAAAGAAUGGCUCGAAAACAUUCCCAAGAAUGCCCUUAUCGGCCGAGUGGUCUGCGAAGCCCCCACCAGACUGCAGGGCAAAGACCUAAAUGAGACCACCGAACAAGACUUGUGCCCGUUGAAAAACCGAGUGGAUUCUAGUCUCCCGGCGCCCCCUGCCCAAGAAGAAACCUUGGCUCCUGGCCCCCUGCCAACUCCUUUCAAGACAAAUGGGCAAGAGGAUCGUGUCACCCCAGGGUCUGCUCCAAACGGAGGUACAAAGAUACCAGGCAACUGGCAGAUCAAAAUUAGACCCACGAUGGCGAUUGGGACCGGUGGCUCCAGAAACAAACCCCCACCCAGCGGCUUGCCCUGCCCUGGGGGCUGCAGCUGCGACCACAUCCCAGGGUACGGGUUAAAGAUGAACUGCAACAACCGGAACGUGAGCAGCUUGGGUGAUUUGAAGCCCAAGCUAUCCAACGUGCAGGAGCUUUUUCUGCGAGAUAACAAGAUCCAUAGCAUCCGAAAAUCGCACUUUGUGGAUUAUAAGAACCUCAUUCUGUUGGAUCUGGGCAACAAUAAUAUCGCCACCGUGGAGAACAAUACUUUUAAGAACCUCUUGGACCUUAGGUGGCUGUACAUGGAUAGCAACUACCUGGACACGCUGUCCCGGGAGAAAUUCGCCGGGCUGCAGAACCUGGAGUACCUGAACGUGGAGUACAACGCGAUCCAGCUUAUCCUCCCCGGCACGUUCAAUGCCAUGCCCAAACUGAGGAUCCUCAUCCUCAACAACAACUUGCUGAGGUCCCUACCCGUGGACGUGUUUGCUGGGGUCUCGCUCUCUAAACUCAGCCUGCACAACAAUUACUUCAUGUACCUCCCGGUGGCAGGAGUGCUGGACCAGUUAACCUCCAUCAUCCAGAUAGAUCUGCACGGAAACCCCUGGGAGUGCUCCUGCACCAUUGUGCCUUUCAAGCAAUGGGCAGAACGCCUGGGUUCCGAAGUGCUGAUGAGCGACCUCAAGUGUGAGACUCCAGUGAACUUCUUUAGGAAGGAUUUCAUGCUCCUCUCCAACGACGAGAUCUGCCCCCAGCUGUACGCUAGGAUCCCGCCCACGUUGACUUCGCACAGUAAAAACAGUACUGGGUUGGCGGAGACCGGGACGCACUCCAACUCCUACCUAGACACCAGCAGGGUGUCCAUCUCCGUGUUGGUCCCGGGACUGCUGUUGGUGUUCGUCACCUCCGCCUUCACCGUGGUGGGCAUGCUGGUGUUUAUCCUGAGGAACCGAAAGCGGUCCAAGAGAAGGGAUGCCAACUCCUCGGCGUCCGAAAUUAAUUCCCUACAGACAGUCUGUGACUCUUCCUACUGGCACAAUGGGCCUUACAACGCAGAUGGGGCCCACCGAGUGUAUGACUGUGGCUCUCACUCGCUCUCAGACUAAGACCCCAACCCGCAAAGGGGAGGGUACAGGGAAGGGAGUGCAGCCUCCCCCGCCGCGGGCGUCCCCGGACUUAGAGGAGAGUUGACCCAAAUCCAGAGCCCCUAAGCCGUGAUGAGCAUAAGUCAAUAAAUAAAGAUGAACUUGAACGGAGAAGGCCUGACCCUUUAGCUCCGUUCUGGAAACAAAGAGCAGACCGUGACGAGCUGGGAGAGUGCAGCCAGCUCUCUCUUUGCUCGGAGCCCCUUUUAAGAGAAAUCCCAGCACGGCCCCUGCUGGAAGAAUAGACCGUGCCUCAUCCUUAGGGGUAGAUGCCGCGGUCCUAUCCAUAUAUCCAUAUAUCCACAUCUAUAUAGAGAGAUAGAUAUCUAUUUUUCCCCUGUGGAUUAGCCCUGUGAUGGCUCCCUGUUGGCUACGCAGGGAUGGGCAGUUGCACGAAGAAGGCAUGAAUGUAUUGUAAAUAAAUAACUCUGACUUCUGACAAAAAACCCCAAAAAACAAAAAGUGCUGCAUGGCUCGCAUGGAAUCCACGCACUCCAGGGACUCUGCCCGCCCCCGCGACUGGAGACGGCAUUCGUCCACAGCACCCACCCUCUUACCUGAUAAGUCCCAUCGUAUCAAACUUUCUAUAAACAAAAUACAGUAUAAUCAGAAAGUGCCAUUUCGCCAUUAUUUGUGAUCAGUAGGCAGUUCAGAGCGUACGUUUACUGUGGAAAAAAAAUAUGUAAAGGUUUUUAUUUAAAACAUUUGCAUGGCUAGUCAUCAGUCCAUUUUAUGAGUUAACAAUGUAUUUUGUUGAGGGAAGUUUUUAGGGGUUGUUUUGGGUUCUUUUACGUUGAUGGUGAUGUUUUAUUUUAUUUUUUGAGGGGGAGUAUUUUUCUAUACAUAUCCAAUAAUGCCUUCCAUCUGAAUGUAAAAUAAGUACCCAUGAUUUCUAUUAUAGUAUCAGUGUAAUUAUUUAAAAAACAGAUUUUGAGGCAGUUAAGCAUGACCUAUUAAUGUCACUCUAGUGCUUAGGCUGCGAUCCUAUGGUAGCAAUUCUGUGCUGAUAAAAAUCUUACUUAUAAAGUAGGAACAAAGAACAGAGGAAGCACGUGAAACUUACUAAUUCUAUUCGAGGAUUUUAUAACGGCAUAUUUUUUCAGUAUUAAAGUGAAAAUGUUUUCAA